CUCUUAUUUAAAUCAUCCUGGUAUGUUUAAAACCUUCUUUUAGCUCAUAGUGACAUAACCUUGACAUUGUGUUAUUCUUCUCAAUACCAAAAAGAUCUCUUGUUACUACUUAUUAUAUGUGUACAGAAUAAAUGUUAUAUUGUACACAAGCUUUGCAAUGCAAACAAGCUUAAUUUUAAACUUAGGAAGAAUUUAUUUUCACAUACCUCAUUCUAAAACCGAUUUACCAUCGUUGACACUUAGCUUUACAAAGACAAACGUAAUGUGUAUGUCUUUAAUAUUUGGAAUACAAUUAUCUCAUACUGCAGUUAGAAAUAACCAACUCCCAAAUUAUUUUUGCCAAGUAUAUUUAAACGGUCUUAGUUGUGUGUAUGUGAAAACCUCCAAAUUACCAAAAGGUAAAUAAUCAAGAUUAUACAUUACCAGUAUGUAAGAGUUCUUUCUGUUUUGAGAAGUGAGAGCCCUAAUGAAGGAUUCUCUUUGAACUAUUGUUACAUGUUUGCGGUCAAUGUCUGCCUUCCAGCUUCCUUCAGAGAUCAGCUCCCAUCAGCCUCGCGAUCCCCUCAGCCUAGCCAUCUUCUCCCAAAGAUCCUCUAGUCAUCACAGCAUCUCCUACAGAUCUCAGCUUCCCUCUCCCAUCACAGCUCCCCUCCUGUCCUGUUUAAUCACAUUUUAUCUCCCCAAAGAAGUGGGUGUGUAUUUCACUAUCACGUGACUGACAAUGUCACAUGAUGCUAUGUUAUGUCAGCUGCCCUUAGCAACCAAGGAUAUGGCUAUCUUGAACCAUGCCAAUAUUAACCUGUAGGGGCAAGUGGUGUCUAAAGAAUAAUUCCUAAUUUUAGGGUCAUUCGUGGUCAGUAAUGAUUUACGGUCCCCUUUGACCCCUGGGCUUGGUAUAACACCAUAAAUUGUUUUAUAUGUCAAACAAUUGUCAGACAUCUUGGCUAUUCGAUUGCAUCUGUAUUUUGAUUGAGAUAAGGUUUUUGGUCAGCACAGAUGCUUCGGGAAGUUUCUUUGAAUUAAUGCCGGAAUGUGAUCAAAGCAGUCUCUAAUACUUUUAAGCUAUUAUAGGAUCUUAUACCUGGGACCCUAGUAAUGUCUAUGUAUUAAACAGGUUUAUAUAUGAAUUACUAAUACACAUAUAUUGUUAAGGCAUUAUAAAGAAACAAUACUAUUUAAGAUAUAAUACGAUAGCUUAUUAUUGGGAUUGUGAAUAAGCCUUUUUUUUUGUUCUCAUAGUACAAAGACCCCCUACACAGCUUGUAACAGUUUGUGCUCAUCAGACCCUUAUCUACAGAUGCCAAACCUUCAAAUUUAUGGUCUGGGAUAAAGAUACAGAAGAACAAUGCCUUCUUGUAAGGCAGAAAACCGCUGUAUAGAUCCAAAAAUGGCUUUAGUAUUUUUCAUCAUAUAUAUAUGGAUAGGAACACUACGAAAAAUAUACUUGUGCAACUUUAUAUGUAUUCUUUUAACCCCAAAUGUUCUGACAAGACGAAACGCGUCUGAGAGAGCCAUGCUGAUGUCAUUGCGUUACCCACAAACUUCAAUUUUAAGCGAUUGAUCCACUUUCUAAGCGUGAGUGUUUCCAAUUUUCUUUUAAUACAUUUUACAUUUAUACGGAUUCACACUAUGUGGAGUAUUUUCUUUUUUGGUCAUGCUAUUUUCGAACACUUGAGAGGAUUUGGUCUGAAAAGUUGGCAGCUUCUGUAGACCGCUUCUUGGUGACAUCUCUUGACCAAUUGGAUCGCCUUACAACUUCUUGAUCUGGAACCCAGACGUGGAGGUCCCAUGUUUUGGUGGUUGCACCAUAAGCCUUGUUGACUCACUGAGCAUAUGCCCAUUUGAGUCCUCUCAUUCCGGUAAGCCUCCUCACUAACCGGUGGUGGUUCUAUUGUCUGUGUCCUCACCUCAACAUUGAUGUCCCACUUCUAGUUACACAAUUUGGUUUCACCGUUUUUUUAAAGACUGUUAUGUUUUAAAACAACUUUUGUAUGAUGGCACAUGGACUUUAGUUUGGGUGUGAACUUUUCAUCUCAUUUUCAUUAUUAUUAGUUUUUGUGGUCACUGCACAGUGUACAUUAGUUUGUAUACAUAUGUAUUUCCAUGUUUUCAGCGCUGCACAUAAUUUCACUUAUUAAAAAGGUAUUUACUCACGAGAUAAAUCUAUAAUUCUACCACUUUACAAAACAAAAAAUGUUUCAGAAAGUGAGAUAAAUCAAUAAAUCAAAUUCGUUUGUUUAAUUAUGGUAUUACAAUUCUUGCUGUCUCUAUCCAGGGCACAAUGAGAAGUAAAGGAAUCUUUAUAUGCGCCUCCUUAUUCUGCACUGUGACUUUUCUGAUGGUGAGAUGGUUCAUGUGCCUUGACCCAACACCAGCCGGAAUGCUGCUCCCCAUAAUGAGGCAGUCAGUAACCCUGUUAAAUGACACUCACACUUAUCAUCUCAACCUAGCCAGGUUUGAGGCGGAGUUCCCCUACCUACAGAGUUACCGUUGCACACUCAUCCAGGAGCCAAACCAAGAGGAACAGGAAACAACCAACCAAAAACUGCUGAUCUUGGCGGUUAAAUCCCAACCCGGUGCUGGGACAAUGAGGUCAGAAUUGCGAAAGACUUGGGCUAAAGAGAGAGAGAUAAACGGAUACAGAAUUGAACCGAUAUUCUUGUUGGGAAAGACAGAUGUGGAAGAACAUAUGGAAAUGUCCAAACGUGAGAGCCAAGAGUACGGUGACAUUUUACAAUGGGACAUGACCGAAGGACACCAUAACUUGUCCUUGAAAGAACGCUGCUUCUUGGAGUGGCUGUAUCUGAAGUCACCACAAGUGGAUCACAUUUUUAAAGUUGACGAAGAUGAAUUUGUGAACCCAGACGUGAUUGUACAGUAUAUUACAGAGUAUGGAUCCCCAGAUACAAUUCAUGGUUUUUACCAACAUAGGCCACUUGUCAUGCGUGAGACCAAAUACAGCAUCACAAAGACUCUGUACCCUCAGAAACGUUAUCCAGGUUUUGUCUCCGGUGGCGGUUUUCUGUUCCCAGGAGCCUCAGUGAAUGGUCUCUACAUGGCCUCCCUGCUUUUGCCUGUAUUCCCAUUGGACGACGUAUAUUUUGGAUUUCUCACUGUGGCGGCUGAUCUAAGCAUUCGACAUGACAGUCGCUUCUACGUGGACGGAUUAGAGUACGAUGUGUGUAGGUACAAAAAAGCACUGGUGGUCCAUGGCAUUGAUGAAGAAAACAUGGCGCGGAUAUGGCAGGAAGUACAGAGUGGCGAAUGCCCCAAGGUCGAAAGUCACACCAAGCUGACAGACAGACGUACAGACAUGGAACUGGCACAAACCGGGGAAAUAAACAUUCCUCAAUACGAGGACUAAAACACAUCUGACUGAACGUUGGAGGCUAAAUAAAGGACAUAUUUUUUCUUUUUUAUAUUAUUAAUUAAUUAUGGAAAGGCAAUUUUGGAAGGUCCUUAUGAGCCCCAUAUUGUGACAUUGUUAUUGCACUUUUUUUUUAAAGGUGAUAGUUGGCUGAGCAAGUAUGGUGUCCGAUGUUGGGGCACUUUGCUGGAUAAGAUCUCUAAAUGACGUAGAUACUGAAUUUCCUCAGUGCCAUUAUAUAGGACAACUAUCAUAUUUUGUAUUUAUUUUAUUUUAUUAUAUAUUAAAAUGUAUUAAUCUAUUUGUGUCGUUUAAAAAAAGAAACAAAAUAGGUAUGGAAUACCCCAUUGUUCAGUAAGGGAUGCUUUGCUUGCUCAUCUUUUGUGCAAUGUGGUUGAAUUAUUUUUUGGGCUUCUUUCGAUAUCCAUGUGAAGUAAAAAUGUUGCAAUAC